ACGUUCCUUAGGGAUGACAAAGUUUCCCCCUUGGGCGGUGGUGGAGGUGGUAACCGUGAUAGUAGCAGCUCCGGCGGCAGCAACAGCGACUACGAGGGAUGGCGGCGGCUGCAGCAGGAACUGCAACAUCCCAGAGGUUUUUCCAGAGCUUCUCGGAUGCCCUAAUCGACGAGGACCCCCAGGCGGCGUUAGAGGAGCUGACUAAGGCUUUGGAACAGAAACCAGAUGAUGCACAGUAUUAUUGUCAAAGAGCUUAUUGUCACAUUCUUCUUGGGAAUUACUGUGUUGCUGUUGCUGAUGCAAAGAAGUCUCUAGAACUCAAUCCAAAUAAUUCCACUGCUAUGCUGAGAAAAGGAAUAUGUGAAUACCAUGGAAAAAACUAUGCUGCUGCCCUAGAAACUUUUACAGAAGGACAAAAAUUAGAUAUAGAGACGGGGUUUCAUCGUGUUGGCCAGGCUGGUCUCCAACUCUUGACCUCAAGUGAUCCACCUGCCUUGGACUCCCAAAGUGCUGGGAUUACAGGUGCAGAUGCUAAUUUCAGUGUCUGGAUUAAAAGGUGUCAAGAAGCUCAGAAUGGCUCAGAAUCUGAGGUGUGGACUCAUCAGUCAAAAAUCAAGUAUGACUGGUAUCAAACAGAAUCUCAAGUAGUCAUUACACUUAUGAUCAAGAAUGUUCAGAAGAAUGAUGUAAAUGUGGAAUUUUCAGAAAAAGAGUUGUCUGCUUUGGUUAAACUUCCUUCUGGAGAGGAUUACAAUUUGAAACUGGAACUUCUUCAUCCUAUAAUACCAGAACAGAGCACGUUUAAAGUACUUUCAACAAAGAUUGAAAUUAAACUGAAAAAGCCAGAGGCUGUGAGAUGGGAAAAGCUAGAGGGGCAAGGAGAUGUGCCUACGCCAAAACAAUUCGUAGCAGAUGUAAAGAACCUAUAUCCAUCAUCAUCUCCUCAUACAAGAAAUUGGGAUAAAUUGGUUGGUGAGAUCAGAGAAGAAGAAAAGAAUGAAAAGUUGGAGGGAGAUGCAGCUUUAAACAGAUUAUUUCAGCAGAUCUAUUCAGAUGGUUCUGAUGAAGUGAAACGUGCCAUGAACAAAUCCUUUAUGGAGUCGGGUGGUACAGUUUUGAGUACCAACUGGUCUGAUGUAGGUAAAAGGAAAGUUGAAAUCAAUCCUCCUGAUGAUAUGGAAUGGAAAAAGUACUAAAUAAAUUAAUUUGCUCUCAUCGUAUUGUGUAUAUUCACCUAAUGCCCAUUGUGUAUUGAUAUUGCAUUCUUGAAUUUUGAACACUGAAUAUCUUUUUGAAAGAUUAUACCUCUUUACCUCUUUGUGCUUUAGAAAUUAUUUUCCUUCAAGUGUUCAAGUCUAAUGAAGAAUGGAGAUAACAUUUUAUCACUUCUGUCCUUAAAGAUUUCAGACAUGGUGAAACUGAAUAAAGUGUGUCAUUUGCUCCUA